CGCGUGCGCGGCCCUGCCGCGGCCCGGGCGCGAUGGCGCGGCCCGAGGGACCCCCGACGCUGCCCGAGCCCCUGCGGCGGCGGCUCGUCUCCUUCAGCAGCUCCGUGUUCAGCGACAGCCGCCACUCCGCGCUCGGCGACGUGCCCCGCGCCCCGCCGGGGUUCCCGGGCUACCGCGCAGAUUGUGAAAUCCUUUCCAGUUUGCCACUGCAGAUGUCCCUCUAUUUCAACGUUUAUUUCUUCCCGUUUUGGUGGCUCAUCACAGUUGCCAUCCUCUACCUGAAGUAUCCAGUCUUAUCAGAUUAUUACAAGUUCAUCCUGGUCACCAUCAUGAUCCUGGUCUCUCUGACAGAGCUCAUUCGACUCUACCUGGGAUACGUGGGCAAUCUCCUGGAGAAAGUGCCUGAGCUGGCUGGGUUUUGGCUCCUGACUCUCCUCCCGCAGUUGCCUAUAAUUCUCUUCUUGCUGUUCAAUGAAGGCCUGAAAAUCCACUCUCUGGAGCGAGCCGUCCACAUCAUCUUUGCCGCCUUCCUCUCCUUCCAAGUGGUCGCGGCCUUUUUCACGCUGAGAAGGAUGGUGAACACGCUGGCCGCUCGCUUCCGCCGCACCGAGUUCCACCGCCUGGAGGAGCAGCGCCCCGGGCCCAGCGCUGCCGGCCCGGCCGGAGGGAGCAGCUCCCGGGGCUGGUAGGGGCCCCGUGCCGGUGGAGAUCGCGCCCCGAGGGCCUGACAAGGUGACAGAGCCCGGCCCAAUGUUGCCGCAGUUCUGUUUCCGUUUUGUUGGGUCAUUCUUUGCCUUCUUGCCUCAGAGGUAUUUAAAAAAAUAGAUCUUGCUCAAGAGCUGACAUUAAACCUCAGAGGCUGGAGCUCCUCUCUGCAAGGAAAAUCAAAGCCAAUUCCAUGACUGACUUGAGUGGACUAUUUGUGGACUGUUACUGAGUAGGUUUGGAGACUUUUGUAUAAUUCAAAGUUGUGGCAUUUUAAAAAAACCAGAAGCCUUUUUCCUUACUGUUUGCAGGAAAUUCUUUUGUUUACAAUAAAUCUUUUCUACACUU